AUGCCGUGGCCUUUCUCGGAAUCCAUCAAGAAGAGGGCCUGCAGGUACCUGCUGCAGAGGUACCUGGGCCAUUUCUUGCAGGAGAAGCUCAGCCUGGAGCAGCUCAGCCUGGAUCUCUACCAGGGCACCGGCUCCUUGACGCAGGUCCCUCUGGAUAAGUGGUGUCUUAAUGAGAUCCUUGAGUCUGCAGAUGCACCUCUGGAAGUCACAGAUGGAUUUAUCCAAUCAAUUUCUUUAUCUGUUCCAUGGGGGUCUUUGCUACAGGAUAACUGUGCAUUAGAAGUAAAAGGAUUAGAGAUGGUCUUUAGGCCAAGACCAAGGCUUGCAUCUGUGUCUGAGCCUAUGUAUUGGUCAAGUUUUAUGACUAGCAGUAUGCAGCUUGCAAAAGAGUGUCUUAGCCAAAAAUUGACAGAUGAACAAGGAGAAGGGUCACAGCCUUUUGAAGGACUUGAGAAAUUUGCAGAAACUAUUGAAACAGUUCUAAGAAGAGUGAAAGUUACCUUUUUAGAUACUGUUUUGCGAAUAGAACAUGUGCCAGAAAACUCUAAAAGUGGAUCUGCGCUUGAAAUCAGAAUUGAAAGAACUAUGUACUGUGAUGAAACUGCAGAUGAGUGCUCUGGAAUUAAUGUUCAUCAACCCACAGCUUUUGCUCACAAGUUACUGCAGCUCUCAGGUGUCUCUUUCUUCUGGGAUGAGUUUCCUGCAUCAACAAAGUCCUCCCCAGUGUGUUCAGCUACCCAGCUGGCAACUGAACCAAAGCUUUCACCUAGCUGGAAUCCAAAAAUCAUUUAUGAGCCACAUCCGCAACUAACAAGAAAUUUGCCAGAAAUUACUCCUUCUGACCCUGUGCAGAUCAGUAAGCUGAUUGGUAGAAUGGAGUUAAGCCUGACAUUAAAGCAAAAUGAAGUACUUCCUGGAGCUAAGUUGGAUGUAGAUGGACAAAUAGAUUCUAUACAUCUGUUUCUGUCACCGAGGCAAGUGCAUCUUCUCUUGGACAUGGUAGCAGCUAUUGCUGGACCAGAGAGCCUAAGCAGGAUAGAAUUGUCAAAUAAAGACAGGAAGAACCGGCCAAUGCAACAGGAAGAUGAGUAUCGGAUUCAGAUGGAGUUGAAACGGUAUUUAAGAAAAGAGUCUUUAUCUGCAGGAGCAUCCUCUGAACAAAGUUUCUAUGAGACAGAGAGUACCAGGACGCCUUCUAGUCGUGAAGAAGAAGUUUUCUUCUCAAUGGCUGAAAUGGACAUGUCACACAGCCUUUCCUCCCUCCCGCCGCUUGGAGACCCUCCAACCAUGGAUCUAGACUUAUCUUUAACCAGUACAUAUACAACUACACCAGCAGGAUCUCCACUGAGCACUACAGUGCUUCAACCAACUUGGGGUGAUUUUCUUGAUCGCAACAAACAAGAACUACAACCUCCAAGAGGUUCUUCACUUACAGCCAACAUCAUUCACCAAACUUCCUUAAAAAGGACAUCUAUUCCAUCCAGAUCUGUUUCUGUGGACGAAUCCAGACCUGAGCUUCUUUUUAGACUGGCAGUUGGAACUUUCUCAGUGUCUGUACUUCAUAUUGACCCCUUACCCCCACCUGAAAGUUCACUGAACCUUAACCCAUUGACACCAAUGGCUCGGGAUUUCUUUACCCGAAUAGAAAAGAUUGAUCCAGUUAAGUUUUCAACAGAAGAUUUUCUGUCCUUCCGAGAAGUAUUUGCAGAAGCUUGUUCCCAUGACCACCUUAGAUUUAUAGGUACUGGCAUCAAAGUGUCUUAUGAGCAAAGACAGCGCACUGCCUCUCGAAGUUUUAGUACUGAUUUAUCCAUUGGGGAUAUGGAGUUCCUGGAAUGCCUUUUUUCUACUGACUCUCACUCCAUUCAGCCUCACUAUACAGAGCUGCUGACAUUUCAUUCUGAAGAAGGAAAUGAUUCUCAUGCUAUGCCAUGCCUUCAGCUUCAUUAUAAGCAUUCUGAUAGCAGAGGACCUCAGGGUAGUCAAGGAAGACUCAGUUCUGUUCCACAGAAAGCAGAGUUACAAAUAAAGUUAAGUCCAGUGUUUUGUGAGCUGGAUAUCAGUAUUGUAGACAGAUUAAAUUCCUUACUUCAACCACAGAAACUAACUACAGUGGAGAUGAUGGCAUCUCACAUGUAUGCAUCUUACAACAAGCACAUAAGUCUGCAUAAAGCAUUUACUGAAGUUUUCCUGGAUGAUUCGCAUACUCCUGCCAACUGCAGAGUUUCAGUUCAGGUCACUGCCCCAGCACUGAACCUCUCUGUGCGCUUCCCAAUACCUGACCUGCGGUCAGAUCAGGAAAGGGGACCAUGGUUUAAGAAAUCACUUCAGAAGGAGAUUCUUCAUCUGGAAUUUACAGAUUUGGAAUUUAAAACUGAGUUUAUAGGCGGGUCAACUCCAGAACAAGUUAAAUUAGAACUUACCUUCAAAGAGCUAACUGGUUCAUUUGAAGAAGUUAAUUCAGAAGCACCAAUAAAAUUUUUUCAAGUGUCUGGUGGCAUAGAUGGAGAUAUAACAUCAUCAUCAGACAAUUUUGACUGGCCUCGGAUUGUAUUGAAAAUAAACCCUCUGGCUGCGCACUCUAUUCUGGAGAGGAUAGCAGCUGAGGAGGAAGAAGGUGAUAAUAAUUUCCAAGAAGAAGAAGAAGGAGGGUCUCAUUCUUUGAAGGAUGUCUGUGAUAUUAGAAGACCAGAGCCUUCUCCUUUUUCUUCUCGUAGGGUCAUGUUUGAAAAUGAAGAGAUGGUGAUGCCAGGAGACAUAAUUGAAAUGACCGAGUUUCAAGAUAAAACAAUUAGCAAUUCUCAUUAUGUACUGGAACUCAUGUUACCAAACAUACACUUAACAUUACCAAACAAAAGCUUUUAUGAAAAACUUUACAAUAGGAUCAGCAAUGAUUUGUUGUUGUGGGAACCCACAGCUCCAUCUCCUGUAGAAACAUUUGAAAACCUUUCUUAUGGUGUUGGACUAUCUGUGGCCAGCCAGCUCAUCAACACUUUCAGUAAAGACAGCUUCAGUCAAUUUAAAUCUGCAGUUCAUUAUGAUGACGAGAGCGGGUCUGAGGAGGAGGCGCUGCAGUACUACUCGGCUGUGGACCCCGGCUGCCGCUCCCGCCGCAGGAGGAAGCUGGACUCGCAGAACAAGAGCGCGCAGAGCUCGCUGUCCGUGCUGCUCAGCGUGGCGCACGGCUUGGUGUCAGUAUUCACAGACAUAAAGCAGGAUAAUGGCAAUACACUGGAAGGCAAACAUGGCGAAUUCUGGUUUGAGUUCAACAAUGGUUCACUUUUCAGCGUGACUAAAUAUGAAGGCUUUGAAGACAGACAUUAUGUUUGUCUCCAUUCUAGCAGCCUCAAUUUAUAUCAUCAAGGUAUGGUAGAUGGGGCUGUCCCCUCUUCUGAAGUACGACUGCCCAGCACAAUACGUCCCCAUUGGUUAGAACCUACUAUUUGUGUUUCUGAAGAAGAUAGUCUUAGUAGGACCACCUCAGAUGGUGAAGGAGUGGAUUGUCCAAGUAUGCUGACCGUUGCAGUCAAAAUCCAAUCAGAUAAAAUAGAGAGCAAUACAAAGGAAUUCCUAGUUGCUGUUGGACUGAAAGGAGCCACCCUUCAGCACAGAGUACUGCCUUCAGGUUUAAGCUGGCAUGAACAGAUUUUAUAUUUUUUGAAUAUUUCUGAUGAGCCUGUUCUGGGAUAUAAUCCUCCAGCUACAAUUACAACUUUUCAUGUACAUCUGUGGAGUUGUGCUCUUGAUUACAGGCCCUUGUUUUUGCCAGUCAGAUCUCUACUUACUGUUGAAACAUUCAGCAUUUCCAGCAGUGUUGCAGUAGAUAAAUCUUCUUCUACUCUCAGGAUAAUUUUAGAUGAAGCUGCUUUGCAUCUGUCUGACAAGUGCAACACUGUUGCGGUGAACCUCCAUAGAGAUUAUGUUCGUGUUAUGGAUAUGGGACUAUUGGAAUUAACCAUUACAGCAGUAAAAUCUGAUUCUGAUGGGGAAAAGACUAAACCACGUUUUGAGCUGCACUGUUCCAGUGAUGUAAUCCAUAUUCGUACCUGCUCUGACUCGUGUGCUGCACUAAUGAAUCUCAUUCAAUAUAUUGCAAGUUACGGUGACUUACAUCCACCU